CACAAACACCACGCCGGCUAGUAACGGUAUCGAGACGCCACUGCCUAUUCAACCUGGCAUGGUGACCAACUGCAACAAGUUCCACUGGGUGUCUACGGGCAAUACGUGUGACCAGAUCUAUAAUUACGAGCAAAUCACAUUGGCAGACUUUGUCAAAUGGAAUUCCAAUGUUGGUUCCGAUUGCACUGGCAUGUGGGCUGAAGUCAAUGUCUGCGUUGGAGUCAUCGGAGGAAGCACGCCUACUACAACCACUCAGCCGACCACAACCACAGCGCCGGCUGGUGUCCAAACCUCUCAACCUACGCAGCCCGGCAUGGUUACGAACUGCAAGAAGUUCCAUUAUGUGUCCUCCGGCGACACGUGUGAGCAGAUCUACAACUAUGAGCAGAUUUUUCUGGCAAAGUUUGUCGCGUGGAAUACCGGCGUCGGAUCCAACUGCCAAAACAUGUGGGCUAGUACUUACGUUUGCGUCGGUAUUUGAAACCUGAUUGCCUGCACUUCCGCAAAAAAACUUCCCCUUCACUGUGCAUAGUUGUCACUUAUAGUUUUAUGUAUCUCAAUCGAGUCGGUUUUGCGG